AUGGCCGAUAGAGACCCCAGCUGUCCUCUUUGUAACUUCUUGAUCCACCUGGCUGUCGACGCAGCUGGGCUGGCCGGUCUACCGGGAAUCGCACGCACCAGGGUAUACUCGCUCCAUGCGUCGACGUUCAGCGAAGUAUUUCUCGACACCAAAGACCAACAGUGGUGCUCAGGCGAGGACAAUCCAAUAAUCUUCUUCAUUUCACCGCUCUUUUCCUUUGGGACAAAGGCCAAGGACUGGGCGCUGCGCUUCAACAGUUGCUUCAUGCCCUUGAAAUCCCAACCAUCCGGUACUUUUGCUCGGGAUCUGUCAGCUCAUGCAGACCUCGACGUAGUAAGCCAGUGGAUCCAGCACUGUAACCGUGGGCACACUCAUCCUGACUGUAAUUCAAUCGCGGAGCUGUCCAUAGCUGAACUCACUGUUAUCGACUGCGAAACUCGUACGCUGGUACACUGGCCCAGCGGUGCGCCAUACGUUACGUUGAGUUACGUGUGGGGGACGGAUCCAGCAGAAGCUGUGGUUGAUGGCGUUCUGCCUCAGGCAUUGCCAAAACUGAUUGAAGAUACCAUCGUGGUUGUGCUGAGGCUGGGCUACCAGUUCCUAUGGAUCGACCGAUACUGUAUCCGGCAAGACGAUGAAAUAGUCAAGGCUUCUUUGAUCCGGAACAUGGACAAGAUUUAUUCUGAGUCAUCGCUCACUAUAAUUGCGUCUGCGGCUGAGAAACCAAACGAGGGCCUCGCGGGUGUGGGCAUCCCCCGUGACCGCAUCCCUCACUCCGUGAACUCGUGCGGGAUAGGUCUCAUACAGCUGAUUACAAACAUCUCAGAUGAGGUUGAGAAUUCUCACUGGAACACACGUGGUUGGACAUAUCAAGAAGGCUUCCUGUCCAACAGAAGGCUUCUAUUCACAGAAAGCCAGUGUUAUUUCCAGUGUGGUGAGCUGUGGUGCACAGAGGGGCUUAAUAUUCCGUUGAACAUACUCUCGAGGCUCAAUAAGCCGGACCAUUCGAAACUUCCUAGGGUAUUUCCGUGGGUUGCCGGCAAGCAGCCAGCCGUAGACCACCGAUCAGAAGGCCGAGAGAAGCAAAGAGAGGAGUACUUUAUCGAGCGAGUGCGCGAAUACAUGAAGCGCGAGCUUACGCAUGAUACAGACGCUUUCGAUGCAUUUGCGGGAGUCCUCAACUAUCUUGAAAAUACUUUUGCCACAGAAUUCCUCCUUGGCAACAUCUGGGGUCUUCCUAUUUGGAGCUCUGGAUCCCGGUGGUCUGCCAGUGAAGGCGGGACCAGCAAGCACACUUUGCUGAGAAGCUUAUCUUGGAGCCUCCCCCGGCCGUUCGUGACCAAGCUUAACGGAAAGAAUUCCGACGUUGCCACUCGGCGACAAGGCAUCCCCAGCUGGACAUGGUGCGGCUGGAAGAGAGCCCACUCGUCAACUCGCCAGAUAGAAUGGAGGGAUGUCUGGAGCCAAGGCAAUGAGGUGCCCGCCCAGACAGACAUCGCAGUCGAGUACGACGAUGGGCGUUCUAUCCAGUGGACAGCAAGCCACAGCCCGAUGGAGCUCUUGGUGGCAAGUAGGACUCUGGGGCAGGCAAGGCACCUGCGUGUCCGUGGAUUGCUGUCCCAGCUGCUAGUACCAGCUGCCUGCUGGUAUGUGAGCUAUGACGGAGAGUGUCAGUGUGGACCGUACCGUCUGGGGAGAGGAGAUGUGCGAUAUUUGAGCACAGUGGCUGAGCGUCGAGGGCUUCCUGUGACUGAACAAGGAUAUGUACUGCAGGCUUGGUUCUUCUCUGCGCUGCACUUCAGCACAGCCGAAGAUAAUUGCCGGAGUGAAGCCAUGAUACUUGUGCCAACCGGGGACAAAGAUGAAUAUGAGAGAUUGGACACCAUGUGCCAAGUCAAGAUGGAGUAUUUCGUUACCCGCCCAUCUUUACAAGGCAUGGUGGACAGGUUUGGGUGGAGGCUGACAGAGUUCACGAUUCGAUGA